GCUGCGAUGGUAACGAUUUAUUUUUAGCGAGCACCAACUCGCUGCCAGUGCUGUCUCAUCCGGUUCAUGGUUUCUCUAUCGCUCUUGGAAAGAACUUUUUGAUUUUGAUUCCAUGUCUUAAGAGGAGUGUGUUCCGGUACACUCUGGUGAUUAUUUGAUAGGUUUAAAUACGACUGUACAGCUUUAAAGUAACGCCAAUGCAUCAAAUAUACUACUCGCUACUGUUGGUGACCAUCUCACAGAUAGUCCACACUAGCCACAUCCGGGAAAUUUGCGAAAAAAGGGACAUAUUUUUCGAACCGUUUCGAUGCCAGCUGUACGAACUGGAUGUGUUGGACGAACCCAUCACUUACCUGCUGUACGAUGUGAAUCCUAGCGAAGGGUUUAACCUCCGUCGGGAUGUUUACAUUAGGAUGGCUGUGUUGUUGGAGUAUCUUCGCACGCAGCAAGGAUAUCGUCGGGCAAAGUUGGUCCUACCGCCAUGGUCCAAUCUGGUGCACUGGCGCAGCCAUAAUAUCGACCAGACGCAACUUUUCUGGAACCACUUUUUCGACCUGCGAAGCAUGAAGCAGUAUACGGAUGUGAUCGACAUGGAUGAGUUUUUCGCGGAGUACGAACGUUUGCAUGGCCCAGAUACGAUAGUGAUGCUGAACGAGGUGUACAACCUGAAGCACUUCGAGAAUAUGUUCGAAAACGGUGUGUUUGUGGAUAAGUUCGAGGAGCAUGUGUGCCCUAAAAGUAACGACUACGAUGCCAGUGCCCUAUCGUACUUUGGGUACGCAAACUUCACCACGGAAGAGUUCACCUGUCUGCAAUUUCAGGGCAGUGCGAUGCUGUUACACAAACUGCUGGAAACUUACAAAUCCCAACGGCACCAACACGUACGUUACGUAUUGGUGCUGAAUGCUGAAAUUGUCCUGCAUGAUCUCUGGGGUAAUAUCGAUUACUGGGAAGUUCGCCGAUCGAUGCGUUUUGCUAAGGAAUUAAUCGAAGUGGCUGGACGGUUUCGAGCGGCAUUUCUCGACUCUUCCGACCAGCAAGAUCGGACGGUGCGACCGGCACGCUGGAUGGAUGAACGAAGCCACCGAAGUGCGCGUGGCGGCGACUAUCUGUGUGCGCACAUACGCAGAGCAGACUUUUUAUACGGGCGCGAUAAAACUACACCCACCGUCCAAUCGGCCGCCCUACAGAUCCGUGCGAAAUUGCUCGAGCAGGGCCUGAAAACGGUGUUUGUUGCUUCCGACUGCUCGCGGAUGGAAUUUUACAACCUGAAAAACUACCUAAAACGGUUCCGCGUUGUACGGUUCGUGCCGGAAAGUUACGAACAACGGGUCGCACUAAAGGAUGGCGGUAUCGCGAUAGUGGAUCAGAUCGUUUGCUCCCAUGCGCGGUACUUUAUCGGUACAUACGAAUCUACCUUCACCUAUCGAAUCUACGAAGAGCGGGAAAUUAUUGGCUUCCCGAAAGAUCUGACUUUCAACACGUUCUGCAAAAGUGAGAAGGAUGUGAAUUGCGAGAAAAAUACCGUGUGGCCGAUAGUGUAUCAUUAGAAUCCUGUGUGCAGCAAUACCUCGAAUAAAAUGUUCUCGGUUGCUUUUUCUCGAAA